AUGGCCGAGCGGGUCAUCUCCCACCUCGUCGACCGUCUCGAGAUUGAGCGCCUCUCCUUGGCCGAACUGCGCGACGUCGCUGAACUGCUCCCCAUCGCCAACAUCCCCCUCCGGCAGCUGGAUGACUUUGCUCAGCGGCUGGGGAGACGGUCCAGUUCUACUUCAGCUGUUCAGGAGCCACCGGCCCAGGCCCUCGAGAUGCCCGACCGGUUCGGCGUGACCAGCGGCUUCGAGCAGGACACCGGGUCGAUGAGCAGCUACUGGCAGCCGAAUCCCAAUCGCCUGCCCGGCGGCCAAUCCCCCGAAAAGGCCAAGCCGACCAGCUCGAUGUCCCCGGUCAAUUUCAUGUUGUCCUCCCCGAACACGUCGGUCAUCCCUGCCCUGCCGUUCUUGUGGGGAAGAAGAGAGGAU